UGCGCAGUGCGGGUAAUGGCGAUGGAGAGAGGCUUCUUUGUCGGAUGUGCAUUGGGUAUUAGAAGAGUAUUUGCAGACAGAAAACUCAAACUAAACAUCACAUCAAAAUCUGACAGAAUGACUCGAUUCAUCAGGAACUGGAUAUAAUUGACCUUUGAGCAAUUCCAGCAGCUGCGGUAUUUUGCUAUUAUUUUAUUGCAGGUGUCGCUCACAGAACUGAGUCUAGGAACACAUUGGGACCAAUUAAAAACCGGUUUGUGUUCAGGGUAUUAGAGUGGGAGGAUAUGCAAUUGGGAAACUCAAACCCAACAUCACAUCAGAAUCUGACAGUCACCCAAUUUAUCACAACCUGAAUAUCAUUCGAUGUUAAACAUGGAAGGAGAAAGCACUGUUCACAGUGAAGAAAAACCAUAUACGUGUUGUGUGUGUGGACAAGGCUUCAGCCGAUCAUCUGGCCUGUUGAGGCACAAGCACAGUCACAACAGGGAGAAACCAUGGAAAUGUGAGGACUGUGGGAAGGCGUUCAGUUACCCUUCUGACCUGGAAACUCAUCGGCGCACGCACACAGGGGAGAAGCCGUUCACCUGCCCUGAGUGUGGGAAGGGAUUCACUCAGUCAUCCAGCCUGCUGAAACACCAGCGAGAUCACAAUGGGGAGAGACCGUUCACCUGCUCCGAAUGUGGGAAAGGAUUCACUCAGUUAUCCAACCUGUUAGGGCACCAACGCGCUCAUACUGGGGAGAGGCCGUUCACCUGCUCAGAGUGUGGAAAGGGAUUCGCUCAGUCAUUCCAUCUGCUGACACAUCAGCGAGUUCACACUGAUGAGAGACCUUUUAAAUGCCUGGCCUGUGGGAAAUGCUUUAAAAGUUCUGGGGAAUUAGUGUACCAUCAACGUGUCCACACUGGGGAGAGACCUUUUAAAUGCUCAGACUGUGGGAAGUGCUUUAAAAGUUCUGGGGACCUGAUGUCCCAUCAACGUGUUCACACUGACGAGAGACCAUUCAGGUGCUCUCACUGCGGGUCUGGAUUCAGGCAAUCAUCUCAACUCAAUGUACACCAGCGAGUUCACACUGGAGAGAGACCAUUCACCUGCUCCGAGUGUGGGAAGGGAUUCACUCAGUUAUCGCACCUGAUGGCUCACCAGCGAAUUCACACUGGGGAGAGGCCAUUUAUCUGCUCCGAAUGUGGGAAUGGAUUCACUCAGUUAUCUGAACUACUGAAACAUCAGCGAGUUCACACUGGGGAGAGACCAUUCACCUGUUCUGAGUGUGGGAAGGGAUUCACUCAAUCGUCCAAUCUACUGAGGCACCAGCGAGUUCACACAGAUGAGAGACCUUUUAAAUGCCCAGACUGUGGGAAGUGUUUUAAAAGUUCUGGGGAACUGAUUUCCCAUCAACGUGUUCACAUGGACAAGAGACCUUUUAGAUGCCCAGACUGCAGGAAGUCAUUUAAAAGUUCUGGGGAGCUGGUGUCCCAUCAACGCGUUCACACUGACGAGAGACCAUUCAGGUGCUCUCACUGCAGGACUGGGUUCAGGCGAUCAACUCAACUCACUGUACACCAGCGCACUCACACUGGAGAGAGACCAUUUACCUGCUCCGAGUGUGGGAAGGGAUUCACUCACUCAGGCAACCUGCUGAGACACCAGCGACUUCACACUGGAGAGAAACCAUUUACCUGCUCCGAGUGUGGGAAGGGAUUCACUCACUCAGGCAACCUGCUGAGACACCAGCAAGAUCACAAGAGCGAGUUCCACACUCUAGCAACAGAAAUGUCCUGUUGUCCUCUUGGAUUUAUUACUUUCAACAAGUUUACUCAACCUGAUAGACAUUAUACCAUUCACAUUGUACACUGGUUUACACUAGGAAGAGACCGUUCACCUGCUCCGAUCUGUGUGUGCACAAGGAUUCAACUGAUUGCCCAACUGGGGCAACACAAAGACACGGGCACCAUGGAGAAACCGUGGAAAUGUGAGGACUGUGAUAAAGGAUUCAAAUAUCCAUCCCUUCUGAAAAGCCAUCGCAGCUCUCAUACUGGGGAGAAACCGUGGAAACGUGAGGAAUGUGAUAAAGGAUUCGAUUAUUCAUCCCUGCUGGAAAUCCAUCAACGCAUUCACACUGGGGAGAAACCAUUCAACUGUUCCGUGUGUGGGAAGGGAUUUACUCAGACAACCUCCCUGAUGUUACACCAGAGAAUUCACACUGAGGACAGGCCCUUCAGCUGCACUUACUGUGGCAAGAGGUUCAACAGUACAUCCGCCCUCACCAUACACAAGCGAAUUCACACUGAGGAGAAACCAUUCAGUUGCACAACCAGUGGACAAAGGUUCAGAUCUUCAUCCACCCUCAGAACACACCAGCGAGUUCACAAUGGGGAGAGACCAUUCACCUGCUCUGUGUGUGGGAAGGGAUUUACUCAGUCAUCCACCCUUAUUGCACACCAGCAAGUUCACACUGGGGAGAGGCCAUUCACCUGCUCCGUGUGUGGGAAAAGAUUCACGCGGUUAUUCGUCCUCCAGUCUCGCCACCGAAUUCACACUGAGGAGAAUCCAUUCAGCUGCACAGCCUGUGGAAAGAGUUUCAGGCAGUCAUCCAACCUCACUACACACCAGCGAGUUCACACUGGGGAAAGACCAUUCACCUGCUCCACGUGCAGGAAGGGAUUCACAACCUGAUGAGACAUCAGCAAAUUCAUAAGUGACUGCAGCAGUUGGAUUCUGCUGCUUUUGCUGUUAAUCACAUCCAGGAUUGAUAGUCUAACAAUAGCUGGUUUGUUUCUGCUGAUGUAAACAACCCCUAUAACUGGCUGGAGUUUAAUAUUCUGGAGAUGUCACUGAAUUUCAGGGCUGCACUUUCCCUUUUUAAAGCACUGCCUGUGAUCUUUCUCCUUAAUUCAAGAACUCUCACCAGGAACACGUUUACAGACAAAUUAUGAACUUUUAUUUCAAUACUAAAUUGAUCUUUGCUACAAACUCUACAAUUCAGUGUCUGAAAGUUUGCACUGAUUAACAUCUCCAAUUAGAAAGUGCUGAUUAAUCCUUGCUGACAUUCUUCACAGCAACACCUCCAUUAUGAAAUUAAAUUACCAAGGAACGUUAACCAAAAUAGUAAAAUGUUUUAUAGGCACAUCAAUAAAAGCUUCAUCAAUCAACAUUGAUAUUGACGAAAGCAAAAUACUGCGGACGCUGGAAAUCUGAAACAAAAACAGAAAAUGCGGAUUAUUAAUGUAAUAGGAUCCUGAUUAUUAAUGUAAUAGGAUGCUGAUUAUUUAUACAAUAAGAUCCUGAUUGUUGAUGCAAUAGGCACCCGACUAUUAAUGUAAUAGUAUCCUGAUUAUUAAUGUGAAUCCUGAAUCUUAACGUAAUUAAACUCUAAGCAUUAAUGUAAUUGGAUCCUCAUUAU